AUGUGGGCUCAGCUCCUUCUAGGAAUGUUGGCCCUACUGCCAGCCAUUGCAGAAGAACUCCUCCCGAACUACCUGGUGACCUUACCAGCCCUGCUUGACUUCCCCUCCACUCAGAAGGUUUGUUUGGAUCUGAGCCCUGGGAACUGCGAUGUAAAAUUCACUAUUACUCUGGAGACCAAGGACAAGAAGCAGAAGUUGCUAGAAGACUCUGGACUGAAGAAGAGGCACUUACAUUGCGUCUCCUUUUCAGUACCACCUCCUGCUGGUGGCACAGAAGAAGUGGCCACAAUCCGGGUGUCAGGAGUUGGAAAUAACAUCAGCUUUGAGGAGAAGAAAAAGGUUUUAAUUCAGAGGCAGGGGAGUGGCACCUUUAUACAGACCGACAAACCUAUCUACACCCCAGGGCAGCAAGUGUUUUUCCGCAUUGUCACCAUGAACAGCAACUUUGUUCCAGUAAAUGACAAGUACUCCAUGGUGGAACUACAAGAUCCAAAUAGCAACAGGAUUGCACAGUGGCUGGAAGUGGUGCCCAACCAAGGCAUUGUGGACCUGUCCUUCCAACUGGCACCAGAGGCUACGCUGGGCACCUAUACAGUGGCAGUGGCUGAGGGCAAGACCUUUGGCACUUUCAAUGUGGAAGAAUAUGUGCUGCCGAAGUUUAAGGUAGAAGUGGUGGAACCCACACAGUUGUCAACGGCGGUGGAAUCUUUCUUAGUAAAAGUUUGUUGCAGGUACACCUAUGGAAAGCCCCUGCAAGGGACAGUGCAGGUGUCAGUGUGUCAGAGGCCAUACGCUUACUGGUAUGGAGAGGCAGAACAGCAGCAGCUCCCCGACAAAUGCAGCAAUCUCUCGGGACAGACUGACAAAGGAGGUUGCUUCUCAGCAUCUGUGGACAUGUCCACCUUCAACUUCACUGGAUCCACAUACCGCCACGACAUCGAUAUUGUGGCUACUGUGGUGGAGGAAGGGACAGGAGUGGAGGCCAAUACCACUCGGAAUAUCGACAUUUCUUCACAAAUGGGAUCAAUGACCUUUGAAGACACCAACAAUUUUUAUUAUCCGAGUUUCCCCUUCAGCAGAAAGAUAAGAGUUAGGGGCCAUGACGGCUCCCUCCUCAAGAAUCAUCCAGUGUUUCUGGUGAUUCACAGCACAAAUGGAAGCAUCAACCAGACCCUAGUUACUGACAACAGUGGCCUUGCUCUCUUCAAGCUGGAUACAGAAAAUUGGAAUGGGACAGACAUUUCUCUGGAGGGCAAGUUCCAAAUGGAAGAUUUAGUAUAUAAUCCUGAACAAGUGCCUCAUUACUACAAAAAUGCCUAUGUGUACCUGCGACCCUUCUACAACACAACCCGCAGCUUCCUCGGCAUCCAGCGGCGAGGCGACCUCUUGAGAUGCGGCCUACCCCAUGAAGUGCUGGUAGACUACCACGUUGAUCCAGCCGAUGCAAGCCCUGACCAGGAAAUAGUCUUCUCCUACUAUUUAAUAGGGAAAGGGAGUGUGGAGAUGGAGGGGCAGAAGCACCUGAGCUCCAAGGAGAAAGGACUGAAAGGCUCCUUCUCUCUCUCACUGACCUUCACUUCCAGACUAGCCCCUAGUCCUUCCCUGCUGAUCUACGCCAUUUUCGCCAAUGGGGGUGUUGUAGCUGACAAAACUCAGUUCUCAGUAGAGAUGUGCUUUGACAAUCAGGUUUCCCUUGGCUUCUCACCUUCCCAGCAGCUUCCAGGAGCAGAUGUGGAACUAGAGCUGCAGGCAGCUCCCGGAUCCCUGUGUGCAAUCCGGGCUGUGGAUGAGAGCGUCUUACUACUUAGGACAGAGAAAGAGCUGAGCAAUAGCUCUGUCUAUGGGAUGUUCCCGCUCCGGUAUGGACACUACUCCUACAAGGUGGCUGACGAUGACGACUGUCCAGUGUCUGGCCCAUGGGACUUUCCUCAGCCUCUAGUGGACCCAGCGCCUGCAGAGCAUUCUAUGAUCUGGAGGCCCCAGUUCUCCGAAGGCGUGGACCUUUUCAGUUUUUUCCAGGACAUGGGCCUGAAAAUACUGUCCAAUGCCAAAAUCAAGAAACCAGUAGAUUGCACUUACCGAUCUCCAAAAUACGGCUCUGCAAUGGGCGAGGCUGGUGAUGGUCCACAGUACCAUCAUGUUGAAUCAUCAUCUUCAUCGCUUCAGUCAGCGGAUUCUCAGGUCCGCCAGUACUUCCCGGAGACCUGGCUCUGGGAUCUGCUUCCUAUUGGCAACUCAGGAAAGGAGGCAGUCCACGUCACAGUUCCCGACGCCGUCACUGAGUGGAAGGCCAUGACUUUCUGCACCUCCCCAUCCAGAGGCUUCGGUCUUUCAUCCACGGUUGGACUCACUGCUUUCAAGCCGUUCUUUGUUGAUCUGACUCUCCCUUACUCAGUAGUUCGUGGGGAAACCUUCCGUCUUACUGCCACCAUCUUCAAUUAUCUAAAGGACUGCAUCAGGGUUCAGACUAACCUGGCUGAAUCAGAUGAGUACCAGGUGGAACCAUGGGCAGAUUCUCGGGCCUCCAGCUGUCUCUGUGCUGAUGAAGCAAAAACAUAUCACUGGAAUAUCACAGCUACCAAACUGGGUCCUGUUAAUUUUACUAUUGGUACUCAGAUUCUUGAUAGCAGUGAACUCUGUGGGGGCCAUAAGGGGUUUGUUCCAAAAAAAGGUCGGAGUGACACGCUCAUCAAACCAGUUCUUGUCAAGCCUGAGGGAGUUCUCGUGGAGAAGACACACAGCUCACUGCUGUGCCCACAAGGAAAGGUGGGUUCAGAAUCUUUCUCCCUGGAUCUCCCUGCAGACGUUGUUCCUGAUUCAGCCCAGGCUUCUGUUACUGUUCUGGGAGACAUUAUGGGCACAGCCCUGAAGAACCUAGACAGUCUGGUGCAGAUGCCCCGUGGCUGUGGGGAGCAGAACAUGGUCCUGUUUGCACCCACAAUCUACAUCUUGCAGUACCUGAAGAAGGCAGGGCUGCUGACAGAGGAAAUCAGAUCUCGGGCAGUGGGUUUCCUGGCGAUUGGGUACCAGCGGGAGCUGAUGUACAAACACAACGAUGGCUCCUAUAGUGCCUUUGGACAGCGGGAUGAAGAUGGAAACACAUGGUAG